AUGGAGGCGUGCACUCGAGAGAGAGAUGGCAAAGCAAAGCUUAACUGGUUAAGCUUUCUAAUUUGCCACUUCGUUGAAAACAUAAAGCAGCGAUAUGUCUACUGCACUAUACUUGACAGCAUUGUGAAGGUGACUGGCAUCAUAAAGUUUGAUCUACAUGUUGAACCGGAAAGUGGUAGGAAAGAACUUGAAGUGGGAGGAAAUGUACAAGGCAUAUAUGACCUGGGACCUGAUAUAUUUGGUUCAGAGGCGAUUUUUGUUCCCAAACAUCCAGGUGUGUCUGGAGAAGAAGAUGACGACUAUUUGAUAUUCUUUGUACACGACGAGAACACAGGGAAAUCUGAAGUAAAUGUUAUCGAUGCAAAGACAAUGUCUGCUGAUCCAGUUGCGGUGGUUGAGCUUCCUAAUAGGGUCCCUUAUGGAUUCCAUGCCUUCUUUGUAACCGAGGACCAACUGGCUCGACAGGCGGAGGGGCAGUGAAGAUACGACA